AUGUCUCAAAAUCAUGGCAUGCCAAAUAUCUGGCCCAGCUAUGAUCCAAACACAUAUCCUCCGCAGGGCAACUCCUCUCAACAUGGCAGGAACGGUAUGAUGAUGCAGAACGGUGGAAACAUGCAACGAUAUCAGAUGGGAGGAGACAUGCAGCAAGAUCAAACGACAUAUUGGAAUUCGAAUACCCAACCUCAAUAUGAUAUGCCAGCGACAGGAUAUGCGCCCAAUAAUAUCUACACGGCUCCGUCUACCGCACCACAGUAUUAUCAGCCUCAAGUUCAAGUUCAAGUCCAAAUCCCACAGCCCGUCCAGCAGCAUUAUCCUAUCGAUCAAAGUCGUCCGCAGCAUCACGUACAAUCUUCUUCAAAUAUACCAAUGGAACAAAUCAAUCAUCAGAUGGCACAUACGAAACCUCCGAUUGCGCCACUUAAUUAUCCUCUUCUGAUGGUCUCUCUCGCUGAAGAGUAUUUCGGCGCGGCGCAUGAACUUGCACCAGCAGUAGCGGUUGCCAUGACGGAAGAAAAUGUCCACGAAUAUCACAAACUGAUUACUAUGGGCUUGGAAUGUUUGACUAUUGCCUUGAAGCAAUUGAAACUCCCGGCAAGAUUGGAAGCGAAGGUCCGACUGCGAAUGGCUGGCAUUAUAUACGAAGAGACAAACAACUAUGCAGAGGCAGAGACCAUGCUUGGUCAAGGUAUAAUACUUUGCGAAAGAAAUCACUACUACGAUCUCAAAUAUGUAAUGCAAUUCCUACUCGCUCGGUUGAUGUUCGAGAAGAAUCCAAAAGCAUCAAUGAAGACACUUGACAGCCACAUCUCUGAUGCACAAGCCUAUCAACACAAUGCCUGGAUAUAUGUAUUCCGGUUUCUUCGAGCGUCACACGCCCUGCAAUUAAGGACUCCAUCAGACAAUCAUGCAGCUAUCCAAAAUCUUAGAAGUAUUUCAUAUCUUGCAAACCAUCAGGGCGAUCGUUCUAUAUACAUUGUCGCAUCUCUUAUGGAAGCUAUUGCCCACCUGAAGUCUUCGGGAGUAGAUGGAAUCGAACAUGUUCAACGAGCGAUUGCGGCGGCGCGAACCUAUCAACUUGACAACAAAAGCAACAUACCUCAGCUUAUUGGCCUUACCCAUAUUCUCGAUGUUAUUUGUAGUAUACUUCGUGGUGAUCCAGCUCAGAUGUUAAGUACUUUGAGGGCAAUGCAGCUUGUUAUGGAUGACCUAUUGAAGAAUCCAGCAUGGAGCAUAGAAAAUGACACUCUUGCCAUACCUAUAGACAGUGUUCACAAAGUCAAACACCUUAUCACUCCAGAUACCCGAAAUGUUUUGAGCAUGAGGGAGGAUGGACGAGGCCAGAUGGCCAUGUCAUUCUUGAAUAAAAGAGAUGCAUAUGCAUUAACUUAUCUACUUUCAGGAAUAGUUUUGAUGCAUAAGAAUCCGCUUGAUCAAAAAGCCGUGAGGUUCCUCCACGAAGGUUUAGGAAGAAUUAAGGCCGACGAAUCUCGAGCCAAAGCUUCCCCAGGCCUAUUAUCCGAAAUUAUUGCCAAAAAGCAGUGGCGUGGCCUUAUUCUAUGUUAUUCACACAUGUAUAUGGCAUUCUGUUGCGCUGCUGUGGGAGAUUGGGUACGGGUAAAACAGGAAAUGAGUUCUGUGGCAACUGCUGCGGAGAAGUUUGAAAUUCCUCUAUCUGGAAGACUGGGGACUCUCACAUUGUAUCUCGAAGGUGUCUAUCUCCAAGGAACUGGUGAUUUGAAGGCUGCUUUGAAAAUAUUCCAACAUGAGACGUUCGAAUUAUAUGGGUUGUUCUCGGAAGAUGAGGUAGAGCGUGAUGUUGCCAUUCUGGCUGCUCUCAAUGUUCUCUUGAUCUUACAAGAUGAACUUUGGCAAGAUCCAAUCGAAAAUGUUACGCUCAUUUCGAAACUGGAGCCGUAUUGCGUCAACCACCCUACCAAAGAUAUUCAAACAGCAUUCUCAAUAAUUCGGGCAACUGUCAAAACAAGCAAUUCUGCUAUGAUUCACGAGACCAAAAAUCACCUAUCUGCAGCUUUAGCUAAGGCAAAGGCAUCGCAUAACACACAGUUCCUUUGUCUCGUCCUCAACGUCAUGUGCAGUAAAUUCUUCAACAACUGCUUAGGUGAGCAAGCGGAAAAGAGCGCAUUGGCUGCACUAAAGCAAGCUAAUCACAGCAAAAAUAAGCUGUGGAUUUCUGUUGCUGAAGGGUUAUUGGCGCAAUUCUACGACAUUUCCGGAAAGAGAGUUGAAGCUCAGGCAACCUUCGAGGAUGCUUGUGCUGUAGCACAUGAAGCUUUACCUGGGCAUUAA